UUUCUUUUUUCUUUUUUUCAAUUGAAGCUUUCUGAACAAACAAUGGAUUGCGUUUAACCUAUCCUUUCCUUUCUUUUCGUUUUUUCUUUCUUUUUUUUUUUUUUUUUUUUUUAAUGAUGGGGUUUCCAUUCCUUGUUUACUAAUGAAAUCGUUUUGAUUGUCCGUUUCUUCCUAAACCAAACAAUUUCCUUUUACUGGGUCAAUUUUUUUUUAUUAUUGUUUUAUAAUAUUAUCAACCAUUUGAUUUCAAUAUUUUCUUAUUUUUCGUAUAUCUUUUGAAAUUUUAGAAACUGGGUUUCAAUGAACACAUGCAAUUGAUUAUCAUUUGGGUCUUUUUUUUUUUCUCAUCUUCUUAGAAUUCAGUCAUAAGUUUAGAGGGUGUGAUUUUGUAAAUCAACCCAUUGACAUCUGUUAAAGCUCUUGGUUGAGACAAUUCGAGAAACAAUUCUUUUCUGGAAUGCUUUUGCUUUUGCUUUUGUAGCUCUCUUGAAUUGAGGGUUUUCAUGACAUUGUAGCCGAUGGACCAGAAUAAAUUGGAAGCAGAUUCUGAGGCAAAAGGGGAUUAUUCUUCCAGGAGUAGCAAUAAAAGUAACCAGACUGUUGAGAGGUCGGGAAGUCCUCAGCAUCAGAAGAUUUCAGCUAGGUGGGACCCGGAUGAAGCAUGCAGGCCUUUAAUUGAUGAAGCACCUGUAUUUUAUCCUACUGUUGAGGAAUUUGAAGAUACACUUGGGUACAUUGCUAAGAUUCGUCCUCAAGCUGAAUCUUAUGGUAUAUGCCGGAUUGUCCCUCCGUCUUCUUGGAAUCCACCAUGUGUUCUCAAGGAGAAAUGUAUAUGGGAAAAUGCCAUGUUUUCUACUCGUAUUCAGCAAGUCGAUUUGCUACAAAAUAGGGAGCCCAUGAAAAAGAAAAGUAGAGGAAGAAAACGCAAGCGAAGGAAGCACUCAAAAACAGGAUCAUCAGCUAGAUGCAUGAAUCUGGGUGUAGAAGCAAACGUUACUUCUGAGUCUGAUGAAAAAUUUGGAUUCAAUUCUGGGUUAGACUUCACACUCAAAGAUUUCCAGGCAUAUGCAGACUAUUUUAAGGAACGUUAUUUUGGAAUUAAGAAGGCUCAAGAGGAUUUAAAUUUUGAUAUUGAACCUACCAAGAGAUGGGAGCCUUCUGUGGAGGAUAUAGAGGGUGAAUACUGGCGGAUAGUUGAAAAAUCUACCGAUGAGGUUGAGGUUUACUAUGGAGCUGAUAUAGAAUCAGCAACAUUUUGCAGUGGCUUUCCUAAGGCCUCAUCCCUGGUAACAGAUGGAAAUUCGGAUCCGUACGUAAAGUCAGGUUGGAAUCUUAAUAACUUCCCUCGUUUGCCAGGUUCUGUUCUUUGCUUUGAGGAAAGUGAUAUAUCUGGAGUUCUAGUGCCAUGGCUCUAUGUCGGAAUGUGCUUUUCCUCCUUUUGUUGGCAUGUUGAAGACCACCAUCUUUACUCUUUAAACUAUAUGCACUGGGGAGAUCCAAAAGUAUGGUAUGGAGUUCCGGGAAGCCACGCUUCUUCUUUAGAAGCUGCGAUGAAAAAACAUUUGCCUGAUUUGUUUGCGGAACAGCCAGAUUUACUUCAUGAAUUGGUCACUCAAUUAUCUCCUUCAGUACUCAAAUCUGAAGGAGUACCUGUGUAUCGAGUGGUCCAAAAUUCCAGGGAGUUUGUUCUUACCUUUCCAAGGGCAUAUCAUGCAGGUUUUAAUUGUGGUUUCAACUGUGCUGAGGCUGUGAAUGUGGCACCAGUUGACUGGUUGGUUCAUGGGCAAAAUGCCAUAGAACUUUAUAGUGCGCAACGGCAUAGGACAUCACUUUCACAUGAUAAAUUGUUAUUCGGUUCAGCUCGGGAAGCUGCCCAGGCCCUUUGGGAGAUAUUAGUUCUAGAAAAGAAAACUCCGAGUAUUCUAAAUUGGAAAAGUGUCUGUGGAAUAGAUGGAGAUCUUACAAAAGUGAUCAAGACAAGAGUGAAGAUGGAGGAGGAAAGAAUGAAUUGCCUUCCAACUAAUAUGAAGUUGCAAAAGAUGGAAAGUGAGAUUGAUUGCAAAAGUGAAAGAGAGUGUUUUGCCUGCUUCUAUGACUUAUAUCUCUCUUCAACCUCCUGCAAGUGUUCCCCCAAUCGGUUCUCAUGCCUUAAGCAUGCUAGUAACUUUUGCUCGUGUCAAGUAGAUGACAGGUGUGUUCUCUUUCGCUACAGUUUAAAUGAGCUACACACACUUGUCGGAGCACUAGAAGGGGGGUUUGAUGCCAUUAAAGAAUGGGCCUCAAGAUACUGUAAAAUGGAAAAGGACAAUGAAUCUGUAACCAAGGUUGAGUUGGACAGCGGAUUAAAUGAAAAACCAUCUUGGUCCCCUGAAAUAACAGAUAAUCUUAAAAGAACAGACGUCCCAUGCAGUUCAUCUAGCCAUGCUUCUUCAGAAGUAGUGCAGUCAGAGUUUCAUCGUGGAUCACUUAGCCUUAAUAAUUCCCACCUUAGUUCCGAUAGUCAAAAUGACAUUGUCAAUAGUGAAGUUAUGGUAAUAAAUAAAGGCAAGAAGGUGGAGCAGGAGUGCUGCAUUGAUUUGAACAUUGACAUAAUUUCUGACGGUAAUGGUAGUUGUGGGCCCCACAAAUCGGAUAGCAAGAUAAUCGUUGAUUUGGAUGAAACUUACCAUUCGGUGUUUGCAGAAAAAUACAUUUGUAAAGCAGAACAUGAAUCAGAUUUAAUGAAUAUGGACACUGAUCAUGUAAACACUCCUCCGGUUAAUGAUUACUCUUCAAGUGUAGAAGAUGGUGUGAGAAUGUGUGGAUCUAACGCCAGUAAGUUGUUUGGAGUUGAUCUUUUGCAGUCGCAGUCGCAGUCAGCAUUUCCAUCCAACAACUACUCAAAAGUAGAAACUUUAAAACACUUAGAUAAAAGGAUGCCUUCUUGGCUAAGUUCUCCUUGGAAAUUGGUUCCUUUUGUUGAACCUAUAAAUAUUGGAACCAUUAUGUUUGGAAAGCCUUGGCACUGCGAGAAGGCCAUAUUUCCAAAAGGAUUUAGAAGUCGAGUCAAAUUCUUUAGUGUGCUUAAUCCAACUAGUAUCGUUACCUACACAUCAGAAGUUCUUGAUGCUGGGCUCCUGGGACCUCUAUUCAAGGUGACCUUGGAAGAAUCUCCCGGUGAAAACUUCACUAAUGUCUCAGCAACCAAAUGUUGGGACAUGAUAGUACAGAGAAUAAACCAAGAAAUCGAAAAACAGAACCUUAGAUUGGGAGGAAUACUUCCUUUGCAGCUUUUGAAGGAAGUUAAUGGACUUGAAAUGUUUGGAUUUCUUUCACCUCCUGUUAUCCAGGCUAUCGAGGCUCUUGAUCCUAAACACCAGUGUAUGGAGUAUUGGAACCACCGGCAGCAGUACGCAAUACCCGCAAAUUCAGGUGACAACACUUACUGCAAAAGUUCUGCUUUAAGAUUGAAUUUCUCUUGGGGCGAAACAAGUGCAACUACUUUUGAUAUCAAUAGGGAAGAGGAUGAAACUGUCACUCCAACUAUAGGAAUGGAAGGGCAUCAUCAAAAUGAAGAACAAGUUCGAUCGGUAUUAAAGGGGCUGUUAAACAAAGCAAAUCCUGAAGAAUUGAGCGUGCUGCAAAGCAUAUUCUGCACAGAAUUGCAAACUACUGAAUUGAGAGCAGAAUUUGCAUCACUGAUCAAAGAGAAGCAGGAAAAGUGUAGAUAGUCAAGUAAAAGAUAUAGGAGCCAUCAUUCUUUCUAAUUCAAGAUUAGCAUUUGCACGGUCAUUUAUCAAGUCUAUUCUUGCUAACGAUUCAUAAUUCGAACGGGAGAUCCUAUUCCUAGCUUAGACUUUGUGCACAAGUUAAAUUAUUCUGCUGGCUUUUUAGCUAGCUGUCUGAGAUUUGCUAAUAUGACAGACUGCCAUCGACAAUGAUUACGAUUGAUGUGAUUGGCGCUGCUCUCGCCGUAGGAAAUUCUGCUAAUUUUGCUGACUAUAUGUGUAAUUGUCAGUCUUAUAGUUCCAUACUAGGAUAUUGGUUUUCCAGAGUCCAGAGCUUGUAUUUCUGUCUUUGAUUCAAACUCAGCUGAUUCUGUAACAAGAGCACUUAAAGUGCAGCUAGUGGUAGAUUGGUAUUGAUGAGUCUGGUUGCCAUUUUUGACCAA